AUGCAGGCCUUAAACCCACUCCCCUCCGACACGACUCUUGUUUCCAUGGAUGUUAUCUCCCUCUACACUAAUAUUCCACAUGACGAUGGCAUCGAUGCAUGCAAAGAAGUUUGGAAUUCCAGACCAGUGAAAUAUCCACCUACUGAAUGUCUGGUCAAAAUUCUCACGCUGGUACUUAAGAAAAACAACUUCACUUUUGAUGGAGAUCAUUAUUUGCAAGUAAAUGGAACUGCCAUGGGCACCAAAAUGGCUCCGUCAUAUGCCAACAUAUUUAUGGGCAAAUUAAAGAAACAACUCCUUGAAACUUCCAUCGAAAAACCGCUUUCCUGGUUUAGAUUUAUAGAUGAUGUGGAUAUGAAAUGGAAUAAAAGCGACGAGGAUUUAGACACUUUUAUCACUCAUGCCAACAACAUACAUCCAAGUAUCAAAUUUACUCAUGAGAAGUCUAAACCCAAAAUCGCCUUCCUCGAUACUUAA